AUGCCUCCUCCUUACCCAGAGGCCGGCAGGGAAACCGGAGAGCCACCCGUGAGCCGGACGAGGAAGCGAGCCAUGAACUCCAUUGUGAUUGCGCUCUCCUUCCUUCACCUGCGAGGGUCGUCUCAGGCCCCUUCCGAACUUUCAGUUGGGCGGAGGUUGAAUUUUAGGCAGUGGGCAGUCGUUAGGCGACAUGAGCGUUUGCUGGAAGCGUGGCUAAUUCAUCCGCAGAUCACUCCUGACAAUCUGGGGCGAAAUGCAGAAAAGAUGGAAGAGUUCGACUCCAUCCUUGGAGCACUUGAGGCGAUGCUGGAGGACACCUUCGGGACUGGAUCUUACAACUGCCGCGACGGCGGCGGACUUAAGCCCGGUCACGAGCCACCUCCGGACAUCGUCAAACUCGGAAAAGUAAAGUCGAACUUAGGUGCGACUUUCAAGAAGCUGGACCCGGACCGCAUAGUCUUCACCGGCGAGCCUUCUUUUGAUCCCGCCCCAUACCUAGAUCGACGGGGUCGCGAAAUUUUUCUCCAUCCACUUCGGCAUGCUUUGCUUCCGUGGGAGUGCACCGUCCCGCUCCCCGCUGUUCAGGUCCACAUAGCAGAGGGCAAGCGAGAGCAGUUCCUGGAGCUCCUCGACAGCAGCAACAGGCUCGCUCUUUUUCGGCCCGAAGAAGUGCGGCUAGAUCACCUGUCGGGAGGGUUCGCCGUAGGCAAGGAUCAGCAGCGAGAUCGACUCAUAGUCGAUGCGAGGCGGCCAAAUACCCUAGAACAUCCCCUAGGAAGAUGGAUCAAAAGUUUGGCAUCAGGUGAGAGUCUAUGUCGAGUCGUACUUCUUCCAGACGAGAAGGCACUGAACGCUUUCAACAUGAUGAUUCCGGAGGCCCUGUGCCGACACUUGCGAGCGUAUGAUCCUGAUCGACACGGAGGAGCUCGCGUGUUGGUCCCCGCCUUGAACGCCUUGGCGAUGGGCGACACUCAAGCCGUGGAAGUAGCACAGACUUGCCAUAUAAGCCUCGCAUGGCGCUCAGGUGCUUUGACCCCAGCCUCGACUUUAACAUUGACCGGGCCUGCGCCUAGAGCUUCCUGCUUCGGUGGCAUUGUGAUAGAUGACUUCGUAUGUGCCGAGAAGGUGAAGAUCGCUGAUCACGACAAGGCGGUGCCCAGUGCCGGCGCUCUUGCUGCUGAUAAGGUCAGUCACAAGUACAUUGAAGAAGGGCUCAUACCGCACACUGGAAAGGCCUUUCGUGAUGAACCCCGGGCCACCUUCUGGGGUACAGACAUCGACGGAGAGGCGGGCCUUGUUCGUGGCUCGCUGACACGGGCCAUCCCUCUGAUGCACGUGAUCUUGAGGAUUGUGAGCGCUAGGAGGGCCACCGUUAGCUUGCUUCAGGCGGUCGCUGGGUCCCUCGUCUCCCUUUUCAUCUACAAGCGCAGGCUGCUCUCCCUUCUCUCAGUGAUCUUUUCAGUGGUGCAACAUCGGGAGGCUGACGAAGUGCUUCAGGUUGACGCCGAGCUCCUAGAUGAGCUCAUGCUUUGUGCUCUCCUGUUACCUCUGGCGGUGACGAACAUACGAGCUUCUGUGCUCUCCGAGGUCUUCACCACGGACGCUUCAAGCUGGGGCGAGGCCGAGGUCAGUGCGAGCAUCCCUGCUCCGAUUGCGUACGAGAGUGUCCGACAUGUGCUUAGGAAGUCUGUUUGGACAAAGCUCCUGGGACCGCUGAAUGCUCGAGCUCGACUCCUGGAUGUUUUAGCCCCGGAUGAAGAGCUACCUGAAGGCAAACAGUUCCACAUGCACCCUCUUUGGGAGGUGCGAUGCCCGAAGUACAAGCUCGCGUGGCGCCAAGCCUAUCACUGGCCUGAGAGCCGGGCCCUCUCAUCAAGCCUGGCGCUAAAUUCCUUGCUGAAGCAGUCGGUGGCUACAGUGAUCGGAGGGGACGUCGUCAGUGAAGGUUUUUACGUGAACACCACUGUCAAUCCCUCAGAUGAUCCCACAAGAGGAAAGGAGGUGAGGCCUCCCGAUCUGGAAUUUCCGAGCUGGUGGUCUAGCGCGGCAGGUGGGGACUUCGCUGCUUUCGACACGUGGCUUUCAGAGGCGGGGUACUGUCUCUCUGCCCAACUGGGGAUUCCGGAUCCUUCUGAACUGCUCGGUCCGGGCUCUCCUGAGGCCCUGCCGCGUACAGAUGGGCCCGCAGACCUGAGGGACUCAGUGUCUAUAUCGCCGUUGGGCUCGGCUCCUCAGGGAUCACACGAGAAGUGCUUUUCGCGAAGUACUGUGCAUUCAAAGCGUUCGGAGCCCGAGCGCCGAUGGCUGAGUAGCAUCUUCAGUGAGAGGGCCAUUCGGAUCCUGCAGAGCUUCGAUAGCAGUCUCUUUGUGUGGCCUCGCGAUGACCAAGAUAGAUCCGGAGGACUACGCGAGUGGGUUUUCGAUAGAGCUGGUUAUCUUGAUCUGUUCUCCGGGAGCCGCAGGGUUAGCAAAGUUGUUUCCAUGACUGCUUCCACGUGGGCUCUCUGCCUUGACUUGAACGAUGGCCCUCAGAGCGAUCUCCUCGAUGCGGAGCUUCGGGGAAAAGUCGAGGAACUCAUCAGGGAAGGAGUUUUCAGUGCAGUAGGCGCCUCUCCUGCUUGUGGAUCAUUUUCGAUUGCAAUCGUGCCGUCGGUCCGCUCGGUCCUCUAUCCUCAGGGACUGCCUCAGAUGCGCGACAGCAUGGGUGCCAAAGUCCUUGAGGGAAACUCUUUAUCGAGAAUCCUCUGCGGUCGUGGCUCUGGCAGCAGCCUGAAUGGGCAGAACUUCGUUCUCGUGAUGAUUGCGGCUUUUGGGACGCCACCAUGUGCCGCAGAGAUAGCUGUCCCGGCUGCUCGAAUCACAUUUCGCUGCGAGGUUUCUGCAAUGCAGCGCUACAAGAAGCCAUGGACUAAGGUCGCCGAAGCUUUUCCCCGGCAUUUUGCAGAACUUCUGGGUGCCGCGACCAGCUGGCACUGCCUUCGGCCAGAAGAUCGGCUCUGCAGUUUAGACGUGGCUAAAUGCGCCAAAGUGUCAAACUUGAACAUCGGAGAAGCGAGCCACCCUGGGCCCCGUGCGUCCUCCCGUUUCCCUCGAGCCCCUCGGAACGUCUCUUUGGACGAGGUGAAGCUAGUGAGUGCGCAAACCGAGCAGCUUCAGAGCAAAAUCUGGGGGCGGUUCCAAAACUGGGUGACGACUAGUACUUCCAUUGCUGCCAGCGAUGCUUUCCUUGCGGAGCCAUUGCUACUCUGUAUCUUGGUUUCGGAGUUCGGCAGGAGUUUGUUUUAUGCUGGGGAGUCUCUUUAUCUUUUUCGGCAUUUGAUUCUCGCUGCGCUGAAGCACUGCCCGAGAGCCCGCCAGCAUGUUUCUGAAUGCUGGACUUUGGUUUCAAAAUGGGAGCUUGUUGAGCCUCUUCAACACCGAGCUCCUCUUCCAGAGGUCAUACUUCGGGCUAUGGUGGCAGUAGCACUGCUGUGGGGCUGGGAACGAAUCGCUGGCAUAUUACUUAUUGCGUUUUGGGGAAUCUCGCGACCUGGAGAGGCACUCAGAUCUUUCAGAAGUGACUUGCUGUUGCCUUCAGAUCUUCUCAUCAAGGAAAAUCGAGUUUGCUAUCUCAAAAUUUCAGCCCCCAAAACAGGGCGGCGAACCAAAGCUAGAGUACAGCACAUCUCAGUGCACAACAGCGCGGUCCUCCCACUCCUGGAGCGGAUCUUUAAAGAUCUCCGGCCGAGUGAGCUGCUGUUCGCAGGGUCUCCCUCCUCUUUCCGACGACGUUGGGAUGCCCUCAUCGAUGCACUACUGGUGCCGCGCUCUUUGCGACUCACGCCAGGAGGCCUUCGCGGCGGCGGCGCGGUGGCCGAGUACCACCGCGGCACUGAUCUGGCGACCAUUCAAUGGAGAAUGCGAAUCAAGCACCAAGUCACGCUGGAAGCCUAUCUGCAAGAGGUGGCGGCUGAGAACCUCCUUCUCAAGCUGCCCGAGCCGGCCGUCUCCCGAGUGACGGCCGCCGCCGCGAUCUACGAUCUCUUCUUUCUGCAAUGUUCUGCGGGCCACCUCAGGGUCUCUGGCUAG